UUGAUGGUUUAUUAAUUUGUAUUCAUAUCGAUCCGGAGUUAUUAUGCUAUGGAACUUUUCCGGAAAGCCAAAGUGAUUCGACUUCGAAGCCACCAUGACAAGUUCCUAUUGGCAGAUGAUGAUGAAGAAAGUGUGAGCCAAGAUCGAAAUGGUGCAGUCAUGAAUGCUAGAUGGACGGUGGAGAUCCUGGAAAAGGCCUAUGGUAUACGUUUGAAAAGUUGUUAUGGGAAGUACCUAACAGCCUCCAACAUGCCAUUCCUAUUAGGGAUGACAGGGAAGAAAGUGCUGCAAAGCUUGCCAAGAAGAUUGGAUUCUUCUGUGGAAUGGGAGCCCAUCAGAGAAGGAGUCCAAGUCAAGCUCAAGACUCGUUACGGACAAUAUUUACGUGCAAAUGCAGGCCUACCACCUUGGAGGAAUCAAAUCACUCAUGAUGUUCCUUAUAGAAGUUCAACCCAAGAUUGGAUUUUAUGGGAUAUUGAUAUUGUAGAGAUGAGGAGACGAGAUCCUUCACCUGAACCACCACCACCACCACCACAAUCCACCACCAAUCGACCAGAACCGCUGCAUUGUGAGAUACCUCAUCCCAAUGCACCUUAUUCUGAGCCUGGUUCUCCCACUGCAAUGUUGUUUGCAGCCCCCACAUUUUCUAGAAUAGAGUCUAAUGAUUCAUUUAUGGGUGUACCGAUAAAAAACGAGGGCAGGCUCAUCCAUUACUGCGUGGCUAACGAAAAUGGUGAUGUUGAUGAAAAUAUAGAGCUUUCCUUUACUUUCAAGGGAAGUGUGGUGGAAGAAUUGAAGCAAAAGUUGGAGGAAGAGACAAGGAUAGAUGAUGUCCUGGUGUGUUCUCGAAAUCCAUUGAAUGGGAAGCUUUACCCUCUUCGGUUACAUCUUCCUCCAAACAAUGCAGAGAUGCAUGUUGUUGUGCUUCCCUCAUCAGGGAAAGCGGCAUCAAAUAUUGGCCAACUGGGUAGUCCAACUGCAGAAUAAUUGGAUCUGCAACGUCCAUUUCUAAUCAUUAUGUGGGGAUAAUGCUUAAAUUAAGCUUCGAGUAUGCUCAUUCUUUCCAUUGGAUUGUAAACCAGAACAUGCUGUCGUUCAGCUUUUGAAAUGUCAAUGAAGGGUUCUCCUUUGUGAACAAAGGAUAUGAGAUAACCCCUUUCUAUUUUUCUUUUCAAGUGGUUUAUCCAACAAAUUAAUAGCAGAAAAAUUUUCCAGUAUUGCAGCAGCUUGUCAUAAAAUAUCAUUCUUUUCUUAAUAAAUUGUUGUGCUU